GGACGCACCGUUCCCGCCCCGCCCCGCCCCAACCCAGGAUGGCCCCAGAGCUGCGCCCAGGGCUCGGCGCGGGGGGACCCAGAACAGCACCGUGCGCCUUGGUCGGAGGGCGGCGGUAGCGCCCCCUCUCAGACCCCUAGUUCCCGCCGGGGCUCCCUCAGAGUCGGCCUGCCUGUCGUGUCUACCCUCCCCCUUCGCUCCCUCCUCCCCUUCCUCCCUCGUGUUCCUCCCGGGGUGCCGGGCACAGACUCGGAUUCCUCCCUCCUCGCAGCUCCAGUUUCCCUCGCAGCGGCGGCGGGAGAGGUGGCGGCGGCGCGGGGAGCAUCUAGGCAGCCACCGCGCUUCUCCAGCUUGAGCGGGCAUCCAGCUUGGCUGCCCCUCGGCCUUUUCCUGCUGCGCCUCGGGGCGCCCCGCGCCCGGACCCCUGCUCGCUUCUCUUCGAAGCGGUCGGGGCGCCUUGAAAGAUCCUGACGCUCCAGCACCGCGAUCCCGGGCUAGCGCUCCCCGGAGCAAGCCGAUCUCCGGGACUCCUGCCCCGCCGACCCUGACCGCCAGGGGGUGCCCUAGGGGCGUAGCUCCGUGGAGAGGAGAAGUCAAAGAGGACCAUGCGGCGCUUGUCUCGCCGCCUGGUGCUGCCGAUCUUCGGGGUGUUCUGGAUCACCGUGCUGCUGUUCUUCUGGGUAACCAAGAAGAACUUGGAGGUGUCGACGGGACCUGAAGUGCAGACCCCCAAGGUUUUGGAUGCUGACUGGGAUGACCUGUGGGACCAGUUUGAUGAGCGGCGGUAUCUGAACGCCAAAAAGUGGCGCGUGGGUGACGAUCCCUAUAAGCUGUAUGCUUUCAACCAGCGGGAGAGCGAGCGGAUCUCCAGCAAUCGGGCCAUCCCGGACACUCGCCAUUUGAGAUGCACCCUGCUGAUGUAUUGCAGGGACCUCCCUCCCACCAGCAUCAUCAUCACCUUCCACAACGAAGCCCGCUCCACCCUGCUCAGGACCAUCCGCAGCGUAUUGAACCGCACCCCUAUGAACCUGAUCCAGGAAAUUAUAUUAGUGGAUGACUUCAGCAAUGACCCUGGUGACUGCAAAGAGCUCAUCAAGUUGCCCAAGGUGAAAUGCUUACGCAAUAACCAGCGGCAAGGUCUGGUCCGGUCUCGGAUCCGGGGUGCUGAUGUUGCCCAGGGCACCACUCUGACUUUCCUCGACAGCCACUGUGAGGUGAACAGGGACUGGCUCCAGCCGCUGCUACACAGGGUCAAAGAGGACUACACGCGGGUGGUGUGCCCUGUGAUUGACAUCAUCCACCUGGACACCUUCAACUACAUCGAGUCUGCCUCGGAGCUCAGAGGGGGGUUUGACUGGAGCCUCCACUUCCAGUGGGAGCAGCUGUCCCCCGAUCAGAAGGCCCGGCGCCUGGACCCCGCCGAGCCCAUUAGGACUCCAAUCAUAGCUGGAGGGCUCUUCGUGAUGGACAAAUCCUGGUUUGAUUACCUGGGGAAAUAUGACGUGGACAUGGACAUCUGGGGUGGGGAGAACUUCGAAAUCUCCUUCAGAGUGUGGAUGUGUGGGGGCAGCCUAGAGAUUGUCCCCUGCAGCCGCGUGGGCCAUGUCUUCCGGAAGAAGCACCCGUAUGUUUUCCCGGAUGGAAACGCCAACACGUAUAUAAAGAACACCAAGCGGACAGCUGAAGUGUGGAUGGAUGAAUACAAGCAGUACUAUUAUGCUGCCCGGCCAUUCGCCCUGGAGAGGCCCUUUGGAAACAUUGAGAGCAGAUUGGACCUGAGGAAGAAUCUGCAUUGCCAGAGCUUCAAGUGGUACCUGGAGAAUGUCUAUCCAGAACUCAGAAUCCCCCAGGAUUCCUCCAUCCAGAAGGGCAAUAUCCGACAGAGGCAGAAGUGUCUGGAGUCUGAAAGGCAGAAGAACCAAGAGAUCUCCAGCCUCAAGUUAAGACCUUGUGUCAAGAUCAAAGGCGAGGAUACAAAGUCCCAGAUCUGGGCCUUCACAUACACCCAGCAGAUCAUCCAGAAGGAGCUGUGUCUGUCAGUCAUCACCGUUUUCCCUGGCGCCCCAGUGGUUCUUGCCCUUUGCAAGAAUGGAGAUGACAAACAGAACCGGGGCCUUCGCCAGAGAAUCCUGGUUCAUCCUGUCUCCUCUCCGUGUUCUCAGCAAUGGACCAAGACUGGCUCCCGCAUCGAGCACAUGGCAUCCCACCUCUGCCUAGACACAGACAUGUUUGGUGAUGGCACUGAGAAUAGCAGGGAAAUCGUGGUCAACCCGUGCGAGUCCUCACUCAUGAGCCAGCACUGGGACAUGGUGAGCUCUUGAGGAUCCAUGCCGGAACCAGCAGGGCCCGUGGGUGGCACUUCCCCCAUUGAGAAGCAGACUGGAAAUCAGGCUGCAAGCAGCCCGUGACUACUGCAGGCGGCCUGAGCGGGGAGGUGGAGGCAGAGCCCUCCCCAGGGCAGGAGCGGCUGUCUCAGGGAGGAUGGAGGAAAAGAUUGCAAGCUAAGUGGGGCUCAGAGACAGAUCCCACAUGUUCUCAAUGCCGUGAAGCUCCAGUCCUGACCCAGUCUGCCCCUGAUGGAUGUCUGGAGACAGAGUGGGAAGUGUUAAUGUUGUUCCCUUUCUUAUACAAGAGGCCGGAGAGAAAAGCCUUCCUGUCUCUAAGCCAGGACUAAACUGAAGGGUAAAGAAGGGAGGUUGUUUUCGCAACUAA